AUGUCGGCCAGUUUGAGUCAUUCGGAGACAUGGUCUCUGUUGCUCUUGGCCGGAGCCUCUUUGGCAGUCAUUGCAAACACCUUUCAAGGAGAUGGCGCGCCUCUCAUCGCCUCGUCGGCGUUUUCCACAUUGGCCUUCUCCAUGACAUAUGCGUUCGUCCGAUGGUCAGGACCAUCUUUCAUCAAGGCCGGCAUGAAGGGUAAAGACCUGUGCAAGUUGACGCCAAAAGAGAUUCCAGAAGCCAUGGGAGCCGUCGCAGCGUCGGUCUACAUUCUAGCACUCAUGGCAUUCAUCCCAUUCGCUUUCUACAAGGACAUUGUCGCGGCGACUUCGGGUGGCGGGAACCGAGACGUCGUCGUCACCAUCAACGAGGUCGAGACGGGUCGCUUCCUGCACCGAUUCCCGCAUUCGAAACUCUCCUCGUACCAAUCCGCCUUGAACACCCUCCAAGCCACCACCAUUCUGGGGAUGGCUGACGACAUCCUCGACCUUCGAUGGAGACACAAGUUCUUCAUUCCCGCCAUUGCUUCCCUGCCGCUGCUGAUCGUCUACUACGUGGAUUUCGGAGUCACCUCGGUCGUGGUCCCCAACUUCCUGGUCCCGUAUAUGCCGAACCAGACGCGACUCAUCAACCUAUCCUUCCUCUACUAUUGGUACAUGUCAGCCUUGUCCAUCUUUGCGCCAAACUCGAUCAACAUCUUUGCCGGCAUCAAUGGAAUCGAAGUCGGCCAGUCGUUGGUGAUAGCAGCACUGCUGGCCCUCAAUUCAUCGCUUUAUCUUGUGCCCUUCCCCGGCAAUCCGGUCUUGAGUAAUGGGUACACCACACAUCCUCACCCGGCCACCGACUCCCAUCUGUUGACACUGUACCUGCUGCUGCCCUUCCUGGCGGUGUCAACGGCACUGUACCUACACAAUCGAUACCCGGCCAGAGUGUUUGUGGGCGACACAUACUGCUAUGUCGCCGGGAUGACUUUCGCCGUCGUGGCGAUCCUGGCCCAUUUCAGCAAGACACUGUUGCUGCUGCUCAUUCCCCAGAUCAUCAACUUCAUCUACAGCACGCCGCAGCUGUUCAAGAUCAUUCCCUGCCCUCGACAUCGGCUGCCUAAGUUCAAUGCGCGGACAGGACUCCUCGAAGCCAGCGUGACGCCUUGGCCGGCUGAACGACCCCCGAGCAAGUUCCUCGCCGCCGUCUUCUUCACUCUGGAAAAGCUGCACCUGCUUCAGGUGACGGUGGACCCCAAGACGAAUCGCAUCUCAAGCACGUCCAACCUCACCAUCAUCAAUCUGUGGUUGGUGUGGAGAGGCCCGAUGCGAGAAGACCAGUUGACCAGGGAGUUGUUGAUCAUGCAGACCAUAUGUGGAUUGGGUGGGUUGUUUGUGAGGCAUACAAUGGCUUUGUUCAUUUUCAGCAUGGACAACCGGGGCAAAUACGGGCAUUCAUUUCCGGUGUAG